GCAAGCUGCAUCAGGCUUUAUCCUACAUGUUCCUUUGGUGAACCAGGUUCACUUAAACUUGCAAAAAGAUGACUGACCUCUUGAGGAGUGUUGUCACGAUCAUUGAUGUUUUCUACAAAUACACCAAACAAGAUGGGGAAUGUGGCACACUGAGAAAAGAUGAACUAAAGGAACUUCUGGAGAAAGAGUUUCGUCCAAUUCUGAAGAACCCAGACGAUCCAGAUACAGUGGAUGUUAUCAUGCACAUGCUAGAUCGAGAUCAUGACCGAAGACUGGACUUUACUGAAUUUCUUCUGAUGGUAUUCAAGUUGGCUAUGGCUUGCAACAAGGUUCUCAGCAAAGAAUACUGCAAAGCUUCAGGGUCAAAGAAGCAUAGGCAUGGUCAUCGACACAAAAAGGAAGAAAGUGAAACAGAAGAGGAAGAAGAAGACACAACGGGACAGAAAUCAGAUUACAGACAUUCAGGUUGGAGUGAGGGAGAGGAGUAUGGUUAUGGUUCGGAGGGCUUAAGGGGAAGUAUGAAACAUAGACAUGGGUCAAACUCCAGGAGGCUGGGAAAGCAAGGUGGAUUAUCUAGCUCAGGAAACCAAGAGCAAUUUGAGAAAAGACACCAUGGGUCUAGCUCUGGUCACUCAUGGAGUAGUGGCAAAGAAAGACAUGGUUCCAGCUCUGGAGAGCUGGGGGAAAGAAGAAACAAGUCACAUGUUAGCCCCUCCAGGGAAUCUGAGAAGGAAUAUGAAUCUGGAUCUGGAUCAAAGAGUAGGAGAAGGAAAGGUCGUGGUGGUCUAUCACAUGGAUUGGAUGCUAGUGGAGAUGAAUCAAACUCUACUCAGUCAAGAAAUAGUGGAGGACAAAAGCUUGGAUCUAGCUCUAGAGGUUCAGGAGACAAUGGAAGGCAAAGCUAUGUAUGUGGCUCCAGCAAUUCAGGUGGGUGUGGAAGGCCACAAAAUGCUUCUACUUCUUGUCAGGAAGGUAGAUUUGGAGGGCAAGGAAAUCAAUCUAGCUGUACCCAGUCAGGAUAUCAAUCAGGAAGUAGUGGAGGACUAGGUCGUGGAUGUAUGUCAGGAGGUCAGUCCUCUGGAUAUGGUCAACAUGAGCCUAGAUCCUGUAGGCAGUCUUCUAGUCAGAGAGAAUAUGGAUCUAGAGCACGUGGUCAAACACAGAACUGUGGAAGACAACAGAGAACAGGUUCAAGUCAAUCCUCUUGCUGUGAACAAUACGGGUCUGUAACAAGUCAGUCUUCUAGUUAUGGUCAGUAUGGAUCUGGUUCUUGUGGACACUUUUCAAACUCUCAGCAAAAAAGGUCUGGUUCAAAUGAAUUUGCUAAAUGUGGACAACAUGGGUUUGGCUCUGGGCAGUCCUCUGGCUUUGGCCAACAUGGGUCAAGCUCAGGACAGUCCUCUGGCUUUGGACAACAGGGAUCUGGCUCAGGACAGUCCUCUAGUUUUGGCCAACGUGGGUCAAGCUCAGGACAAGCCUCUGGCUUUGACCAGCAUGGGUCUGGCUCAGGACAGUCCUCUGGCUUUGGACAACAUGGAUACAGCUCAGGUCAGUCCUCUAGCUUUGGACAACAGGGAUCUGGCUCCCGUCAGUCCUCUGGUUUUGGUCAGUGUGGGUCUGGCUCAGGACAGUCCUCUGGUUUUUAUCAGCAUGGGCUUGCCUCAGGACAGUCCUCCAGCUUUGGAGAGCAUGGGUCUGGCCCAGGAGAGUCCUUUGGUUUUGGACAACAUGGGUCUGGUGAACAUCAAUCUUCUAGCUCUGGACAACAUAGAUAUGGCUCAGGUCAAUCCUCCAGCUUUGGAUAUGGAUCUAGCAAACAUCAGUACCAUAGCUUUGGGACUGGAUCAGGUCAUUCUCUGGGCUUUGGACAACAUGAGUCUAGAUCAGGUCAGUCUAGCUAUGGCCAACAUGGUUCCAGCUUAGAGCAAUCCUCCAAUAUUGGCUCUGGGUCUUCCUCAGGCAGGACCUCCAAACACAGUCAAUAUGGAUCUAACUCAAGCCAGUCUUCUGGUUAUGAUCAACAUGAAUCAACCUCAGGUCACUCCUCUGGCUAUGACAAAUAUGACUCUAGAAUAGGGGAACAAGAAACCUAUGGGACUAGUUCAGGAAAAGGGUCUCCAAAUUGUGGAAGGCCAAUAUCAGAUUCAACUGACAGUCAAACAAGAGAAAGAGCUAAAGGGAGACAGGGAAGAACCCAAGGACAGUCAGGAGACAAAAGUAGACAUGCCCAGUCUGGUCAUGGACAAGCCACCAGGACAGAAUCCUGUAGGACUACAAGAAGGCAAUCUAGUGUCAGUGACUCCAGUGACACUGAAAGACACUCAGGAGUCGUGCAGGCACACGCAGGAUCCCCUUAUGGCCACUCUGGAUUUCAACAUGGAGAGUCAGAAUCCACAGCCAAAGGGACACAGGGAACAACUCAUGCACAGUCAGGAGACACCAGUAGAGAUGCUCAGUCUGGGCAUGGACAACCCACCAGGACAGAAUCCUCUAGGACUGCAAGAAGGGGAUCAAGUGUCAGUGAGUCUAGUGACACUGAAAGGCACUCAGGAGUCGCACAGACAGACACAGGAUCCUCUCAUGCCCACUCUGGAUCUCAACAUGGAGAGUCAGGAUCCACAGCUAAAGGGAAACAGGGAACUACUCAUGCACAGUCAGGAGACACCAAUAGAGAUGCUCAGUCUGGUCAUGGACAAGUCACCAGGACAGAAUCCACCUGGGCUGCAAGAAGGGGAUCUAGUGCCAGUGAGUCCAGUGACACUGAAAGGCACUCAGGAGUCUCACAACCACAUGCAGGAUCCUCUCGUGGCCUCUCUGGAUCUCAACAUGGAGAGUCAGGAUCCACAGUCAAAGGGAGACAGGGAACUACUCAUGGACAGUCAGGAGACACCAGGGGACAUGCUGGAUCUGGGGAUGGACAUCCCACCAGGACAGAAUCCAAUAGGACUGGGAGAAGGGGAUCUACUGUGCAUGCGGCCAAUGACAAUGAAAGGCACUCAGUUUUGAGCCAUGGGCAUUCCGGGUCUGUACCCAAACACACUGGUACUGAUACAACUGAAAAGUAUAAAUCUAGGAAUGAACAGUCAGGAGAUAGUUCUAAACAUUCAGUCAUAGAUCAAGGGCGGACAUCAAUUCAUAAGCAACCAGUUUCUAGAAGUUCACAGAAUUUUGGGUCCUCCCAUGAGCAGACAGGAGACAAAUCUACAUCAUCAGGCUCUGUUCAGGGACAUACCACAUCUUCCCAUGGGCAAUUAGGAACUGGCACAAUAGAGAGACAUGGGUCCAGCCAUACACAGUCACGUGAUACUCAUAGGCAGUCCAAGGAUAGCAUAAGGAAACAGUCACAUAGCAGUCAUCCCCAAUCUAGAAUAAGUCAUUCUCAGUCACAGAUUAGGGGAAGACAACGACAUGGAUCAGGUCAAGGAUGGAAACAUGGCAGUUAUGGAAGUGCAGAAUAUGACUAUGGGCAGUCUGGGUAUGGACCUUCUGGGGGCAGCAGAACAAGCAGCUGCAAUUCUAGCCCUUUGCAGUCAUUAGAAAGAGCUGCAAACAAUCAAGUGUCUACACAUGGACAAUCAGUUUCUAGGUUUAACCAUACAGGAUCAAAAGCAACUGAAAUAGUAGGAAGACAAAGCUCAAGUCAUGGACAGUCAAUUGAGUCCCAUAAUAAGUCUGGAUCCAAUGUAACUAGAAGGCAGGGAUCUAUUCAUGGACAUUCAGUAGUAAGCCACGAACCAUCAAGUGACACCCAAGUUCCAUAUGGAAGGCAGGGAUCUACUACUCAUAGGCAGCCAAGCAAUCAUUCUGUAUCCAGCCAUGGAGAGUCCAUAUUAGCUCACAGCCAUUCAGCAUUUAGUUCAACUCUAAAGCAUGGAUCCCAUAGUGAUAAUAAAGAGCAUUCAGAAGAUUGGGGGAAACAGAUUCAUGAACCAUCAGGGUCUAGGCAUGGACAAUCAGAAUUCAGCACUAUAGGUAUACAUGGAUCCAGCCAGCAGCAUUUGGGAGAUACAUCUUCUCAUGAGCAGGAAAGAUCCAGCACAAGUUUAGUAAGACAGGGAUCAAGUAAUAGACAAUCAGGAGACAUCCAGGGUCAAUCUGGAUUCAGCACCAAUGAAAGACAAGUAUAUAGCCAUUGACAAUCAAGUGACAGCUAUGGGCAGUCAGUUGACAGCAGAAGCAGAAGUCAAGGAUUCAUUUCCAGUCACUCUCAUGAUAGCCAAGAUCCUAAAGGAACUGAAGAAUAUGGGUAUAGAUAUUUAUCAAGCAGUACAAUCAUGUGGAGUGGGGACAGGCAAAAGCAAGGGCCCGAAUCAAGUUUGUUAGGAAGCAUCAGAAUAUAUAGUCAGGAUGUGGACGAUAAGCAGGCAAGAAACAUGGAGGCCAGAGGUUGCCAUAAAAGGGAGAGAACAAACUCAGGUUCCUUUUACUUAGAUAACAACACUCCACUCUAUGAAUAUGCCCAAGAACAAAGGUGUUAUUACUUCGAAUAAUCAUUUGAGGCCAACAGAAAACAAACUAACUCAAGAUAAGAACUAACCCAAGAAGAAAUGAGAAUAUAGCAUGGAAUUAAGAUAUUUACCAUUAUCCUUUCUUUUCUUAGUGGGGCAUAUGUCUGUUCUUUUAUUUAACUGUAGCACUGUACUCUACUCCUCUUGUUUGGUGCAGGUUUUUUUUUUUUUUUUUUUGUAAGGCUCCAUAAUCACUAAGCUCUUUGGUUAGAAAACAGUGAAUGGAAGAAGUAAAUAGCACUUGGAACUAUAUUCAGAACUAUAUAACAAAGUGAUUUGAGUGCUUUGGGAUAAAAUAAGCAUUUUUUUAAAAUGUCUGAGACUCAGAUUUUGGACUUUUCAGAUUUUAUUUUAAUUGACCAUUGACAAACCUAACCAGGGAGCUAAGAAACAUGAUUUUGGAGCCAAAAUUUCUCUAAUAAUAUUGUAACACAUUCCAUGUCCUGAACAAAAAAUGCUGCAGUAGUUGAUUAGUCAGAAUAUUUGCAUCUUUUGUGCCACCACUGGUACGUCAUACUACUACUUUUGAAUUUAUUGUCAUGACCUCCUGUAUUGCAUAAAAAUUGUCAAUAAACUUUCAACAAGG